GUGGCGGUAAAACUUCAUGAAACAAGAUGGCUGCACCAACAUGAAAACCAGGAACUAGCUAACUCUGUCUGCUCCUCUGUUCUGAACGAUGGAGCGCACCACAAGUGAAUCCCCUCAAAAAACAUUUACCUGCCACUUGUGUGGGUUGAGUAGCCCUUUUACAUACCACGGCCAGAAACCACCAAACACCAGAGCCAUUGUGUUGCUUGAGGAGUGUUUUGUGACCAGGGACCCCUUCAGUCCGGACAAGGAAAAGUUUCUUGUUUUGGGCUCUAACUGUAGCCUGUGCAACACGUGUGUCUGUGUUGGAUCGGACUGCAGUAUUUUCUACACCAAGAGGUUCUGCAUGCGGUGUGUGAACAAGCACUUGGACCAGUUCCCCCAUCAGAUUCAGGCCGAGCUGGCCAAGAAGAAGCAGAGCUCCAAGGCUGCUGUCUCAUGACAUUGGAAAAGAGGUCCAUAACCUGCUCAAUGAUAGAAGACAAAUGGUUGAAUGCUUAUAUAAAGAGUCCCAGAUGUGUCAGAUUUAUCAAACCCAUACAGGACCAAACUGCAAAAACACCGUACCAAAAAGUCAAAACAUCCUGUAAUUUAUUAGCAUAGCUCUCGCUUAUUAUUAGUUUGGUGGAAAAUGAACACCACGCAUCAGAAAAAUACUGGUUCAUGUUUGUGGCCAGCAAUGUUAGGCUGCUGUAUUAGCCUACGGGGUGUUAUUUGUUUGUCGUUUAUUUGCUGAGUUGUAUAGAAGGAAGCAACGGGUGUGACUAGAGUUGCCGGAUCUCCUGUUGUGGUUGCAAGCUCAGGAUCGGACCCGCUGGUUUGCAGCAGUUAAAAAUGGCUACAUUUUCAAAUUUUUAUUGACGGGAACACAUUUCCUCAUAAAUAUGGAGGAAGAGCAUUAAACUUACUGCUAAUAUCUGUUUUUCCCGCCCAAUUCAGCAACAAUUCUCAACAAUAUUAUUAUAAUUGUGUGUCUCAAAUGAAGAUGUGGAAUUAAUAAGAUUUCUCAAGCCCAGUUUCUGGAAAGAUUGAUAAGAUACAUAUACAAUUUGUCUUUGAUGAAUUGUGCAAUGCUUUAUUACUCAUUUUUAUGAGAAAACACAUUUUAUUACUUUUCAGUGACAGAUUGUAACUAACAUUUAUAUGAGUAAUUCUCUAACUGCAGACACAUGUUUGUGUUGACGCUGACACCUGCUUUUUAAGAGUGCAUCAUUGUUCUCUGUCAUUUCUGUCUCCAUGGUCAGAGGGAUCGAUGUUGACUUCUGUGGAGUCCAACACUUUUUGCCUGUGUUAUCUUAAACUAUAAACAGAUACAUACUAUGA